AUGAAAGAUUUAGGAGCUCUGAAAUUAUUCCUCAUAAUUGAAGUAGUAAGGUCAAAGACUGGUAUAUUGUCUCAAAGAAAGUAUGUGAUAGAUCUACUCACUGAAAUAGGAAUGUUUGGAUGCAAGCUUGCUGACACACCCAUUGAGAUGAAUCACAAGUUGUGUGAAGACAUGGAGCUGGUGAAUACCAAUAAGGAACAAUACCAGCACCUUGUUGGAAAGUUGAUAUAUUUGGCACACAUAAGACCAGAUAUUGCAUACGCUGGACUACUGUUCUCCAAGAAUGGAAAUCUUGAAGUUAUUGGAUAUACAAAUGCUGACUGGGCUGGUUCCAUUACAGAUAAACGCUCUACAUCCGGUUACUUUACAUUUGUUAGAGGUAACCUUGUCACUUAA